GUUAAAAUCAUUGGUAAAGAAGUUCCAAUAGUUCCAUUACUUUCCACAUUAUGGGCUCUUUUAACUGGACCUCAUGUCGAUAUUGUUAUUCCUAUACCUAAUGAAUAUUAUCAAUCAGGAAUUUACAAGUCAAUAAAGGCUCGUAUAGGGUCAAGCGAUUAUUAUACUAUCGUAAGUGCUGAUUUUGCUAGAAAAAUUUUAACCGAGCAAGAAGAUAAUUUUCCCAAAUAUACAUUCAAUAACGAACUUCCUGUUUAUAAAUUCUUUGGAAACGGGAUCGUUUUCGCUAAUGGUGACAAAUGGCGCGUUCACAGGAAAUUAUCGAACCCGGCAUUUAAUCUUUUAUUGACUCCUAAUGCCAUGGGUGAAGUGGUUUUGGAAGCGUUUAAAUAUAUGAGCAGUGAAAUUCAUGAGCCAAUCGACAUUUAUGAAAUGAUACAACAUAUAACCAUUGAAGUAUUAGGAAAGGUUGCUUUUGGAUAUUCGUUCGGAGUAAAAUUGCCAGAUAUCGUACGCAAAUAUAAAUAUAUCAUGGAUCAUGUCGAAUCAUAUUCAUUAAAUAUAUUUACCUUUCUAAAUAAAUUACCAACGAAAAGGAAUAGAAAGUUCCAUGAAGCAUUAAAAGCCUUUGAUAAAUAUAUAUAUGAAAUCAUUGAUAUUAAAAGAUUCGAAUUAGCUAAACGUAAAAAAUUAAAUGAAAAGAAAACAUCCAACAAUGAAGAAUUAUUGAUAAACAUGUUGGAGGCUAGUGAACAAGAAAAGAUUUAUAUCGGAAGUGAAGAUUUAAGAGAUAACAUGAUAAACUUCUUUAGCGCAGGGAAUGACACCACAUCGAUGUCCAUAAGUUCUUCUAUUUAUAAUCUUGCAAGAUAUCCGGAAAUGCAAAAGAAAGCAAGGGAUGAAGUUAUAAGUGUAAUGGGCGAUGAAAUCAGAAUACCCACAGUGGAUCAAUUGAAGGAUUUUCAUUAUCUAAAUGCUAUUAUAAAAGAAAGUUUGAGGCGAUAUCCUGCUCCAAUGGCAUUUCGACAACUUCAAAAGCCAACGAAAUUUGGAGAAUAUUUAAUUCCAGACAAGUCUAUAGUAAAAAUUUCUAACUUUGGUGUGCAUCAUGACCCAAAAUAUUGGAAAAAUGCUUAUAGAUUCGAUCCUGAAAGAUGGUUAUCAAACGAAAAAAUUGAAAAAAGACAUGCAUUUUCUUAUAUUCCGUUUAGUGCUGGUUCUAGAAAUUGCGUUGGGCAAAACUUUAGUAUAAUGGAACAACGAGUUGUUCUUGCAAUGUUUUUAAUCAAGUACGAGUGGAGUUUGCCCAAUAAUUCUAUACAUAAGGAAGAUUUGGUUUUAAGCAAUGCAUUUUUAUUUAGACCCAAAAAUCUCAAAAUUAAUUUUCAAGAAAGAAUGAAAAUUUGUUAA